AGGACCCGGGGACACCCGGCCACAGGGAGGGACCAGGCAUCACGGGGCCGGAGCAUCCAGGACCCGGGGACACCCGGCCACAGGGACCACGCCGCUCGGGAUGUGCGGAUCCAGGGCUCCCCUCGCUUCCACACGCAGAGGGGGCUUGCGAGAGAGGCAGCCGAUCAAUGAUUCUUCCUAGAAUGUCAUUCGAUCAAUGAGCUGCCGGGAGCGGAAGGGGACUUGGCCGAGAGGUCACCCCUGAACAGGAAACUCCUCCACGUCUCGUGUAAAACGUUUUUGCCGAUCUGGCAUCCCCAUGCUCGACAUUUAUUCCAACACAGAUCCAAUGUUUACAAUCGGUUAUCAGACAAACCCUUGAGCCUUUUUCCUCCCUCCAAGCCUUCGGGGGUCAUGGCUGCUCCACGGAAAUGCUGACUUCAUGGCGGAGACCAUUUUUUCCGCCCAAACAUCCUUUUACUCAAGUCACACACAACCGUCGAACGGUCCCAAUCAACGGCCGGGUCGGAACCAAACACGACAUUCACCGUCACAAGCAGCGCCGAACACGUGGUCACGGCCCCUCACACAGUCGCACCCGCAACCAGAGAGGCGAUCGCACGCGCACAGCACGCUCCACGCACCGGCUCUCACACAGCAACUCCCACCGCAGAACGCACUCCAUCGGGUUCCCCCGACGGGCGCACACGGGUACCGCCCACUGCGAAGCAUCGCGAGACCGGGCCUCGCGGCGCGCGGCAAUCUUUACAGCCUGGAGACUACGUUCCCCAGAAUACACUGCGGCGCCGGCCCAAUCGCUACGCCGCAUCGGCGCGGCUUUGUGCGUCUGCUCCAUCUUCCGGCUCCAGGCGACGAGUUCGCCGGUACCGACGAGAAAGCUCACCUGGGACAGCGCGGGGGGGCGCAGUCUCGGUGGCACUCGGACCCGAGAAGGCGGCAGCAGCUGUUCGUGUGCACACAGCUUCGCCUGCUGUGAUGUCUGUGCAGCGGCCUCUCUAUGAGCCGAUCAUGGAGCGUGGGACCUGCUUCAUCUAACUGGCCCCCUGCACCCACACUCCAUCUGUGGACUCAAGCUCUGCCCCCUCAGGACUCUGGCCUUCCCCGAGAGUAGCCGGGAGGAGGACCCCUCAGCCCAUGACAUUCCAAACGUCAUGUCCAUGGGGUCAGACCUGUUCAGGGAUGUGGCCGUCCUCUUCUCCCGGGAAGAAUGGGAGUGGCUGGCGCCUGCUCAGAGGGAUCUGUACAGGGACGUGAUGUUGGAGACCUACACCAACCUGCGCUCGCUGGAUCUCGCCAUUUCCAAGCCUGAUGUGAUCGCCUUCCUGGAGCAAGGCAAGGAGCCCUGGAGGGCGGAGGAGGCAGCGGCGGGAGGCCUGUGCCCCGGUGAGCGAGCCUCGGAGGCCAGGUCUGAGACUAAGGUGUCACCUCCAGAGCAGCCUGUUUGUGAAGGACAAGCGACCCGGUGGGCGAGACCAGAAAGCCUUCCGAGUUACGGUCUCGAGUGCUCGAGUCUCCCAGUUGACUGGGAGUGCGGAAGCCAGUUUGACGGACAGCGGGAGGAUCCAGAUGAACGUCUGAGUCACGUGAUCGUCCGUCCUGAAGAAAUGCCCCCUCUCAGCCCGCAGGCAUCCCUUACUUUCUGUGGGAAAGUCCAUCCAGGGGACGAGCCCUAUGACUAUGGCGAAUGUAGGGAAGCCUUCUGGCCAGAGGACUUCCUCAUUCGCCGCCAGGGAAUCCACACCAGCGAGAAACCCUAUCAAUGUAAGGAGUGUGGGAAGGCCUUCAAGUACGGCUCGCGCCUGGUUCAGCACGAGAACAUUCAUUCUGGCAAGAAACCCUACGAGUGCAAGGAGUGUGGGAAGGCCUUCAACUCGGGUUCAAACUUCAUUCACCACAUUCAGGAGCUUGUUGGCAUUAUCUUCAGUUUUUACUAG